AUGGCGCGUGAUGACACGCGAUUAGAAACGACUGCAAAACCCAAGAGUGCUAAUAUUUGUAAAUUCCUAUUUAUCAUCGGUCUAACAACAUUUGUGGCUGCGGCGUAUUUUAUAUCUAAAACACCAUUAGAUGCUUUAGGAGAUCCAACAGAUCAAUUUAUUGUUAAAAGUAUUCCUAAAAGAUAUCAAAGGUUGGAGGGGAUAGACCCUGAAGAAAGGGAUGUUUUUCAUGGUUUUAAAACCUCUUUUCUCCCACCUGAAGAAAUAUUUCUCUCUCGAAGAGAUUUGGACAGCAAAGGGGAGAUCUAUGAGGGUAAUUUAACAAGUGAUAUAUUUAUUUGGGAUAAUGAGGCAAAAAAUCACAAUGCCCCUACUAGAGUUAAGCGAAGAAGUCAUUUCAAGUUCACGUCUCAUGAUUACGAUCAAAAGAAUCCCAUGUCUGAUCAAAAGAGUGGCGAAGAAGAUAAAGACACAAAAGAAAGAGAAGAUUAUGAGAAUAGUUCUCAAGGUGAAUAUGAUGAUGAUGAAGGAAAAUUUCAUAGUGUGGUGCAUCCGGAAAUGUACGUUGACCGUGGUCCGCUUGACGAUGUGGAACAAAUCCGCCGUCAACCGGAGCUGGAAGAAGCAGAAAUGGGCUCCGCUGCACAUGUGUAUAAACCAAUCCGAUCCUUCACAGCAGGUAUUCGUUCCUUUUGGAAAAGUCAAGGCGACAAAGACACUGUUAGACGUACACAAGCUAAUAUAAUGAAACAGUACAUGGACGCAGAAGCUGACCCUUGCCAUGAUUUUUAUCAAUACGCCUGUGGGAACUGGCCAGCACUGAACCCCAUUCCUGCCGACAAAGCUGGCUAUGACACGUUUGAAAUGCUCAGAGAGAAUUUAGACACGGUCCUAAAAGAUCUGCUAGAGUUCAAAAAGACUGAACAUGUACCUACUUCGUAUCCCGGUCCUCAUUUGGAUGUAAAUAGUGACAUUUUACCUCUAAAACAAAACGGAAUAUGUUAUUGUAGACCUGAUAACAUUCCCGUAGAUAUAAUCGUUCAGAAUUCUAAAGAAAUUACUAAUUUGACACAAGAUAAAAACAUGUAUGAUAUUAAUAAUAAUGGUGAAAAUAAAUCAGAGAUAAUUAAUCGUAUACGAAGAUAUUUAGAUAAAAAAUCAAAAGAGAUGAAGAAAUUGGAAUUUAAAGUGAAAUCCAAGUUAGUAAAUAAGAACAUUCUCAAAAAUAAAAAACGCGAGAAAGAAUACUUAAAUAAGCAUAAGAGAAAUUUAAAAAGUUAUCCUACAAGCUAUUAUGCAAAAAUAAGAAAAAAGCGCACAAUAUUUAAUAAUGGAAUGAGUGGUGACAGAUUUUUAACAGAGAGAGUAAAAAGAAAGGAGCCGUUAGCGAAAUUCAUACUGAAACUAAAACAAUCACAUAAAAAAUCCAAUGAUGAUCCAGCAAACGGAGACGCCGCCUUAAAAGCAAGAUUUUUGUUUAAAUCGUGCAUGAAUCAUGAUAUUUUACAAAAAAGGGCACAUCAACCUCUUUUAGAUUUAUUAGACUUUUUCGGAGGAUGGCCAAUUUUAAAACCAGGUUGGAAUGCGAAAAACUUUGAUUGGUUAGAACUUAUGGCUCAAUUGAGACUAUAUAAUAAUGAUAUAUUAAUAUCAGAGUGGGUUGGACCAGACAUUAAAAAUUCUGACGAAUUCGUCAUCCAGUUUGAUCAAACAAGUCUAGGUUUGCCUACAAGAGACUAUUUUUUACAAGAAACAAAUAAAGUAUACUUAGACGCGUAUAAAGCGUACUUAGUAAAAAUAGCGUCAUUGCUCGGCGGAGAAUCUGAGCAUGUAAAAAAAGAUGCAGAAAAACUUAUUAAUUUCGAAAUCAAGCUUGCAAAGAUAACCUCCGCUCCAGAAGAUAGACGUAAUGUAUCAGAACUAUACCGACGGAUGACCAUUGCGAAACUUGAAGGUUUAGUGCCGCAGAUUAAAUGGAAGCGAUAUUUGUGCAUUGUAAUGAAUAGAACGGUACAGCCUGAAGAGACUGUUGUCUUGUUCGCGCUUAACUAUAUUCGGCACUUAGUCCAAUUGAUAGAGAAGACGGAUCCGGACACUUUAUCAAAUUACCUUCUGUGGAGAUUUGUGAGGCACCGAGUGAACAACCUGGACGAUCGCUUUCAAUCUGCCAAACAGCAAUUCUAUUAUAUUUUGUUUGGUCGAGAGCAAGCGCCUUCGAGAUGGAAGAACUGUAUAUCACAAGUGAACUCUAACAUGGGAAUGGCAUUAGGGUCGAUGUUUGUUAGAAAUUAUUUUGAUGAAAUGAGCAAAAACGACACACUAACUAUGACGAGAGAAAUUCAACAGUCGUUCAGGGAGCUAUUACAUAUGACGGAUUGGAUUGAUGACGAAACUAAGAAACUUGCAGGCCACAAAGUCGAUACAAUGAUGCUUAGGAUAGGUUAUCCAGAUUUUAUAUUGAAUAAGAAGGAGCUUAAUGAUCGCUACAAAGAAGUUCAAAUACACCCAGAUAAAUAUUUUGAAAAUAUCUUGAAUAUUUUACAGCAUUUAACUAAAAUGGAGCAAUCUCGUAUCGGUCAACCUGUAAACAAAACACUGUGGAACACGGCGCCAGCAGUCGUCAAUGCAUAUUACAGCCGGAAUAAAAAUCAAAUAAUGUUUCCCGCCGGUAUUUUACAGCCACCGUUCUAUCACAGACAUUUUCCCAGAUCGUUAAAUUUCGGCGGAAUCGGUGUUGUUAUUGGUCACGAAAUAACUCAUGGAUUUGACGAUAAAGGUCGAUUGUUCGACUGCGAAGGAAACCUACAUCGUUGGUGGUCGGACUCCGCAAUAGAAGCGUUCCACCAUCGCGCGCAAUGCCUUAUAGACCAAUAUGGCCAAUAUGUAGUGCCUGAAGUUAAUAUGAAAUUAGACGGCGUUAAUACACAAGGUGAAAAUAUAGCAGACAAUGGCGGUGUAAAGCAAGCGUUCCACGCGUACCAGCACUGGCUCCGGAACAACGACGCUGCCGACGAGACGCUCCCUGGACUCAACCAUACCCAUACUCAACUGUUCUUCCUAAACUUUGCACAGGUAUGGUGUGGCGCCAUGCGGCCAGAGGCAAUGCGUAACAAAUUAAAAACAGCAGUACAUUCCCCAGGGCGGUUCCGAGUUAUAGGAACACUUUCGAAUUCCCUCGACUUUGCUAGAGAGUUCAAGUGCCCUCCCGGAUCUCCUAUGAACCCUACAAAUAAAUGUAAUGUAUGG